AUGGCCAACAAGAAGAAAGAUGGCGGAUGUACACAUAUGUACCUGAAAGGAAAUUUUGCCCCGAUACACAAUGUCUGCCCACCCACACCUUGUGAUCACAUAGGUGAUAUCCCAAAAGAACUCAUCGGCGGACAAUAUGUCCGUAAUGGGGGCAAUCCAUUGACAAAUGACGACCUAGGGCGAGAUGCCCAUUGGUUUGAUGGAGAUGGCAUGCUCAGCGGCGUUUUCUUUAGAAGGCUCAAGGGUACCGCCGUCCAGGCAGAAUAUGUCAACAACUAUGUCUUGACAGAUGUGUAUCUCGCUGCCCUGGCAAAUCCGAAACUCCGUCAGCCAAUACUGCCAAGUGUUACAACUUUGAUCAAUCCGAGGACGACCCUAGGCAAGAUAGUCUACUCAAUAUGUCGGACCCUUGUUCUUGUUUUAUGGUCAUAUGUGAAUGGCUCAAGAAGGCCGAUUAAGAAGAUUAGCGUUGUUAAUACCAAUAUCAUUUACCAUGAUGGUCGUGCUUUGGCUACCUGCGAGAGUGGACCGCCCAUGAGAGUGUCGCUACCAGGGCUCGAAACAGUCGGUUGGUUCAACGGCUGGAAGGCAGAGGGAGAGCCAGGGGAUUUGGAUUUGCACUCAUCUCGCCUUGGGUUUGGGGGAAUUGGUCUGACUGGCUUUCUCAAUGAAUGGACCACUGGACAUCCUAGGGCAGAUCCUCAAACUCGCGAACUGGUUCUCUUUCAUUCGACGUUCUUCCCGCCAUUUGUGCACUACUCUGUUGUGCCCGAUUCACGAGUCCAACAUGGCCUUCUGGAGCCGCAGUCCCCGCUUCUCAAUAUACCCGUCCCAGGCAUUAAGUCAGCCAAGAUGAUGCAUGAUUUUGGUGUAUCACACGAGCAUACUGUCAUAAUUGAUCUUCCUCUUUCCCUGGAUCCGGUAAACUUAGCUUACAAUAAGCCUGUCAUUGCUUAUGAGGUCGACGGUUGUACUCGCUUCGGUAUCUUUCCACGAUAUAAACCAGACCAGGUGCGAUGGUUUGAAACCGCCCCUUGUUGCAUUUUCCACACUACCAAUACGUGGGAAUCAGAGGGUGGAGAGGGCGGCAUUGAUGGGCUGGUUCUGAAUAUGCUUGUCUGCCGUAUGACGACCCCUGCGAUCAUUUUUAACGCAGGAAAUAUUCCAUCACCGGCAGGCAUCGACAAGCUUGAAAAGGAAUGCCGUCUUUAUUACUAUCAAUUCGACCUAUCUCAAGCGACAAACGUCAUUUCUCAUCAAUGGGCUCUCUCUGCAAUACCUUUUGAAUUACCCCACGUACCCAAAAAUCUCGCCAUGUCUUCCACCCGCUUUGUCUAUGGCUGUUCAUUAUCGAACGGCACAUUUACGGCGGCACUCGGAAGAGCCGCCAAGGUAGACUGUCUGGCGAAGGUAGAUGUGAGGGCCUUGAUCAACGAGGGUAUUAAAAGACCCCCAAUGUCUGUGACUGGCUGUGUGGAUGGCCGAUCAGUUCAAGAGAUUCUGUCUUCAAAUAACCCCGAGGACCCUAUCAGAAUAUUUCCAAUGCCUUCCGGAUGGUACGCACAAGAAUGCAGUUUUGUGCCUAGAGCAAAUGGGAUUUCAGAGGACGAUGGGUGGCUUUUAACCUUUGUUUUUGACGAGUCUCAGCUUGAUGAAGACGGGAAUGCUCCACGAGCAAUGGCGCUUGUCCCCCCACUGGCGGCUGAAUUUACUGUCACCCCUACCAAUCCCCAAGACCACAUCGUUUCAGCUUGUCCGUCGACCCGAUCUCGAUACGAUGACGUUCUAGUCCAUGAGAAGUCCGAUACUGAAGGAGAGGAACGUCCAGGCGGUCCGGCCGAGGUGCGGAAUGGGAGCCAUCAUGGCGACAGUGAAGCGCAGUCUGCGGGACUCCCGAAUGACGGGGUAUACUAUCCUGAAGGCGGCUUCGAGGCAUGGAUGGUGGUUGUCGGGUCCUGCUUUGGGACUGCUGUCACGCUUGGGAUGAUGAACACAGUCGGUACCCUCCAGGCAUAUGUUGUUGAACAUCAGCUCAAACAGUACGACGAAGGAACGACUGGAUGGAUAUUCAGCACCUUCAUCUUCCUUGGUUUCUUUGGUGGUGUCCAGGUCGGGCCUGUGUUUGAUGCCCAUGGUCCCAGACUGCUCAUGCUCGCCGGCAGCGUCUGCAUGGGCGUUAGCAUGAUGCUUCUCGGCUUGUGUACCCAAUACUGGCAUUUUAUGCUGUGCUUCGGCAUACUCGGUGGAACAGGCGCGUCCUUGAUCUUUACUCCCGCGCUAUCAGCAAUCAGUCACUGGUUCUCUGAGAAGCGAGCAACUGCAACUGGCAUCGCGGCAGCAGGCGGUUCUGUCGGUGGCAUCGUCUUCCCACUAGCCUUGCAAAAACUGUACACCGUGGUGUCAUUUGCCUGGGCCACCAGAAUCGUUGGGUUCGCCGUCAUCUUUUGUUGCGCUGUCGCCGUCAUUUUAGUACGCUCUCGUCUACCUCCAAAACCGGGACAGACGGUUAUACCCAGCGUACGGAUCUUCCGUAACCAGGCGUACCUGUCCGUUACUCUAGGGACCUAUUUCAUGGAAUGGGCUCUCUUUGUUCCAAUUGCGUAUAUUACUGCAUUUGCCUUGUCCACAGGCGCCAUGUCUCUGGAGUUUUCGUACCAGCUCAUCGCUAUAAUGAACGCGGGCUCGAGCAUCGGUCGGGCGUUACCCGGGUACGUUGCCGACAAACUAGGUCGCUUCAACAGCAUGGUUGCCGCGCUUGUUAUUUGUACAGCGAUGACUAUAACCCUCUGGCUCCCGGCUUCCCUUCUCACCACAACUCCAUCCUCCGCGCCCACUAUCAAGGCGCUUUCCAUUGUCUUUGCUCUUAUAUUUGGCUUCGCCUCUGGCUCCAACGUCUCCCUGGCGCCUGUAUGUGUAGGCCAACUCUGUGACACCAAUGAGUAUGGGAGGUACUAUGCAACCUGCUAUACUAUCGUCUCAUUUGGCACACUCACAGGUAUCCCAAUUGCGGGGAGUCUUCUUCGGCUGACCGACGGGCGCUACUGGGGUGUUGUCCUAUGGACUACACUUUGUUAUGUUAUCUCCUUAGCAUGCUUCAUCUGGAGCCGUGCUUGUUGCGUGGGCUGGAAAUUAGGCGUCAAAUUUUAG